GACAUCUAACGUAGCGCCAAGUAACAAACAUGUCCGAAGACAAAGUAGGCUCGUUAGUGGAAGAAGCUUUAAAACGAAAAGAACGCUUGCAAGCGCUUAAAAAAAAGAAUGAGGAAGGCAAAGAUACUAAAGCUGAUUCUCCCAGCAAAUUACCAAUGCCAAAAUUUCGAAGUUACAAACCACAAGAUGAAAGUCUCAAAGAAAAAGUAUUGGAAAAUGCAAAACCAGGCGAUGUGGAAUCCGAAGUUCAAGAUCAGUUGAGUGCUGCGAAAUCUAAAGUUGUUAUCGAAGAACUUGAUAUAAGUAAUUUGGCUCCACGUAAGCCAGAUUGGGAUUUAAAGAGAGAUGUUUCUAAGAAAUUAGAAAAAUUAGAAAGGAGAACUCAAAAAGCAAUUGCUGAAUUAAUCAGAGAACGCCUUAAACAAGGUCAACACGAUUUAGCCUCAAUUGUAAAUAUGGUAGGAAAAGAUGAUGAUGACAAUAAAACUUGACAGUGAAAUAUAUAAUUUAUUUUCUCUUUAUACUGUAUCAAAGAAAUUAUUCCACGAACGAUCAAAUGGUAAACUGUUAAUGUGUUCUUUAUCUUAAUACAGUUUUCACACAUAUGAAAGUUACUAGUUAAUUAUAUACUUUAAGUAUUAUUCAAUCUUAAGGAUAUUUAUUAAAGUUAUAAAAAGUUAGGAUAUGAUGAAUACAUGAUGAAGUAAAAAAGAAAUAUAAUUGUUUAAGAUUAACUUAGUGUUUUUUACUUUACUGUUUUUUAAUUUAUUACAUAAAUACUUACAUCUACAGUAUUAUCAUUGUAUUUAAAUUAUGAAGAGAUGUAGUGCUAUGAAUUCAGAAUUGUAAUUUGUUUUUUGUAAAUGAAAUUGUUAUCAAAUAUAGAUGCUGGGUACAA